UCUGGGCCAAGUGCCAGUAGGAGGCGCCGUUGGGAUGGAGGGCGCAGCCCGGGUCCUGUUGAGGAGGGCCCGGGAAAGGCGCCAUGGUCGUAGCUGCCGCACUCAGUGCUUUCCAUCCCUUUCCCUCCUUCUCUUGUUGUUCGUGCACUUCCAGACGUCCCUUUCAAUUCGAUAUAUCUAUCCUGCACGGUACUUAAGACAGAUCCUUGAGGAUGAAGACACAGUGAAAUUGGUAGGAUCAACAAACAUUCCAGUCAAAAUUUAUGUCAUGUUGCAUCAGAACAGUCCUCAUAUACUAUGUGUAACCAAAAAGCUGCAUGAUGUAGAGUUGGUAGACCCAGUAUUCCGCUGGCAUACACCAAUUGGUAAUGCUAUUCCAGAAAACUCUGUAAAAGUAACUACAACAGGAAGCCUUAUAUUCUAUAACUUCAGUGAAGAGAUGAGUGGAGUUUAUACUUGUUCCCUUUCAUAUAAACAUACAGCAGAAGACGCACAAAAAAUUAUCCAAGUAAAAUAUGUUGUAUACGCUUUUAUAAAUCCUGAUUUUUACUACCAGUUCACAGCUCGAUAUCAUUCUGCACCUUGCAAUAGUAUCUAUAAUGUCUCAUUUGAGAAGAAGUUGCUUCAUAUUUUGAGAACACUACUUGCUGAUCUUUCCUGUGACAUAUCAUCGGUGAAGACUGAAUGUCAUCGUAUUAAGAUGCAGAAAUCUGGUUUACAAAACGAAUUGUUCUUCACCUUUUCAGUUAUCCCUAUAGAAAAUGUGACAACAAGACCUGAUGCAUGCACAAGUUCUUCUUGUGACCCUGUUGAAAGACUGGAUAAGGCUAAAGAACUUAUAGAGAAAUUUUUUGCCCAACAAGUGGUAGUUCUGGGAAAACAUUUUCAGAUACUUCCUGAGAUAUACUAUAUUGAAGGUACUCUGCAAACAGUGUGGAUUAAUCAUUGCAGUCCAGGAUAUGGGAUGAAUGCUUUGUUACAUCCAAAUUGCCCUGAAUGUUGUGUGAUCUGCAAACCUGGAACUUAUAACCCCCACAAUGGAACUCAGUGCCUUCGAUGCAACAGCAGCAUGGUGUAUGGAGCAAAGAAAUGCUAAAGUACCAUUAUUUUAUGUUUCUUGACAAUUUAAUAAAUUUAACAAGUUAAAUAUUUUCUUCA